AUGUCCCCAAGAAUCUUCAUCACUGGUGCAACUGGAUAUGUCGGUGGCCAGGUCGCAGCGACUAUGAUUGCUGCGCAUCCCGAGCUCGACGUAGUGGCGCUGGUGCGCGACCAGCAACAAGCAAGCAAGCUGAAGAGUGUCUGGCCCAAGAUCAGCACUGUCAUUGGGACCCUUGAUGACGACGAGGUAUUGAAGAAGGAGGCGGUAAAGGCCGAUGUUGUGCUGCAAACCGCAAGUUCCGACCACGUCCCCGCCGUGAACUCCUUGCUGAAGGGAUUGGGGGCUGGAAAGGGUCAUUUCAUCCACAUUUCCGGAACUGGUGUCCUGAACGACAUGUCUACUGGCCCAGGAAACCCCACCGAGAAGAUCUACGAUGAUGUGACUGAUAUUGCCGAGAUCAUCAAUUUGCCAGCUGAAGCUCUCCACCGCAAUGUUGACGAUGCCGUUAUCACGGGCGGACUGCGUGAAAAGGUCCCGACGGCCAUUGUGUGCCCUCCUACUAUCUAUGGCGUGGGAGAGGGCCCUGUCAAGAAGCGUAGUAUGCAGGUGCCAUUCCUCACCGAGGCUAUUCUGAAGAGGGGCAAGGGCUUCACUGUCGGUAAAGGAAACAAUCUUCGGGACUAUGUCCACAUCAAGGACUUGGCCAGGGCAUUCGUCCUGCUGGCCGAGGAAGCUUUGAAACCCAACGGUGGUGCAGCUGCCUGGGGACCCGAGGGCUACUACUUCGUUGAGUCUGGCGAAUUUUCAUGGAAGGAGGUGAGUGAGAAAGUGGCCCAGGCGGCUUCCCAGGAAGGCAAGAUUGCCACUGCGGAAGUUGAAGAGUUGUCCGUUGAGGAAGCACUCAAGUUUCACCCAUGGGCUCCGGUGCUCUGGGGAGGGAACUGCCGCAGCCGUGCUAGCCGCCUUCGCGCUUUGGGCUGGGAGCCGGAGGGUCCUUCUAUCUGGGAGACCAUUCCCAACAUCGUGAAGUUUGAAAUUCAAGCCUUAGCUCUCUAG